AUGUCGGCCAUGAAGCCCCGCCCGCCCACGCCGGCCUCCAUCCCCUCCAAGCUCACCGUCAACUUCGUCCUCCCCUACAAGUCCGAGAUCACCGACAAGGAGGUAUAUCGUCGUAACCUCCCCCGUUGUCCCACCUCCCGAUCUCAGAUCUGUGCGUGUGCGUCUAGGGUUCCGACCGUUCGCACGAUCUUGCGGCCGUUUUUCCUUUUUCGGUCGGAGAUCAGGGGCGUGUGGAGAGGGGCCUUUAUGAUCUGGUUCAUCCCGCGGGAUGGUGGAAUCCUAGGGGCGAUUUGGUGGAAUGGUUGUGUUGGGUCGCUUGUUGCGCUUGAUCCUGUGCAUGGGUGCGCUUCAGUUUGUAGUCUGCGUGAGAUUGUUGGAUUAUAUCAGUUAAUCUCAUGUCCCUGUGGAACAUGUGUCCUCCUAAUGGUUAUUGCCGUCCACAAGGACCUGCAGUUUUCACUUGGGGCUGUGGAUGCUUUAAUUGUUGACAUGGUAAUGGUACCGGCUACAACUGGCCUGAUGGGUAUUUUGCCAGGCCAUGUUUCCACAAUUGCAGAGCUCAAGCCUGGUGUUAUGUCUGUACAUGAGGGAAAUGAUGUUACAAAGUACUUUGUGAGCAGUGGCUUUGCAUUCAUCCAUGCAAACUCCAUUGCUGAUGUUGUGGCUGUUGAGGCUGUCCCCCUUGAUCAGAUUGACCAAAGCUUGGUCCAGAAAGGUCUUGCUGAAUUCACUGCCAAGCUUGGAUCAGCCUCGACUGACCUAGAGAAGGCGGAAGCUCAGAUCGGAGUGGAUGUUCACAGUGCGCUCAGUGCUGCAUUGACUGGUUGA